AUGACCUGGCAGAUGACAGAGUCGUUGCUGCUUCUGACUUUGGUGGCCUCUGCAUGGAGUGCCUCUUCCAGGAAUCCCCAGGAUGGGACAGACCUGCUUAAUGUCUGCAUGGAUGCCCAGCACCACAAGACAAAGCCAGGUCCUGAGGACAAGCUGCAUGACCAGUGUGCUCCCUGGAAGAACAAUGCCUGCUGCUCGGUGAACACCAGCCAGGAACUGCACAAGGACACCUCCCUCCUUUACAAAUUCAACUGGAAUCAUUGUGGCAAGAUGGAGCCGAAAUGCAAGCGCCACUUCAUCCAGGACACCUGCCUCUAUGAGUGCUCCCCCAACCUGGGACCCUGGAUCCGGCAGGUAGACCAGAGCUGGCGCAGGGAGAGGAUCCUGGAUGUUCCCCUGUGCAAAGAGGAUUGUCAGCUCUGGUGGGAGGAUUGUCGCAGCUCCUACACCUGCAAGACCAACUGGCAGAAAGGCUGGAACUGGACCUCAGGGAUUAACCAGUGUCCAGUGAGGGCUGCCUGUCACACAUUUGAAUUCUACUUCCCUACACCUGCUGCCCUGUGUGAGGGCCUCUGGAGUCACUCCUACAAGGUCAGCAACUACAGCCGAGGAAGCGGCCGCUGUAUCCAGAUGUGGUUUGACCCAGCCCAUGGCAACCCCAAUGAAGAGGUGGCGAGGUUCUAUGCCGAGGCCAUGGGCAGAGCUGGGUCCUGUGUGCCCGAGCCUUUUCUGAUCAGCCUGGUCUUAAUGCUCCUGUGGCUCAUUGGCCAAAUCACUUCCACUGCUGACACCGAGAUAGCUAAUCCUAGAUGGCAUCUUUACCCUGCACCCAAUCUGGGUGCCUAG